CUACCUAUCUCAUGAGUCCACCAUAAUGGCUUCCUGUUUCUCUGCCUUAUAUCUUUGUAAGGGAUACACUGCAUCACUAUACCCUUUACUACAACCUUAAAAAUAAAAUGUUGCAUCAUGUAUGACCUGCAGAUAUACACAGUUAUCCUUACUUCUCAGAAUAGGUUCAUGCAUGUUGGCAAUGCAAUUUGGGGAUAUUAGUGGCAGAAGUUCUUGACUGAAAGAUUUUUGUGAUGUGGCACGUUGAUAUAUGGGAAUGAAGAUGGGCAUAUUGAAUGUUUACUCAUUAAGACAUUAUUACCGUCCAUUAUUGAAUAUCAAGUUACAGUUAUGAUACUUGGAUAGAGAUCGAGAUUCACGCUUGUUAAGUCUCAUAACAGUUAACUUCCAGCAUUCUUGCUUAUCUUUAAUCAAGUCUCAUGUACUGGAAAAGUAAUUUCAACACAUAAAAUUAUGGUGUCCUAUAAUACUCCCAUUGGUAUGAUUUUAGAAUUAUGUUAUCAUACUGUACAACAUUGCAUACCUUAUUGGAUUCUAUGUAAUAAAUAUGUCUGGAAGGUGUCACCAGAGACGAACCAUGAUGUAAUGGGUAACACGUCUGCCCAGCAAAUGGAAAGUCCUUGGUUCAGUCCCUUGGCAGUGCUUGCCUUAUCUGGUGAACCUGUAACAUGGUGCAGUGAGUAGGGUCCAGUAGUGAUUCACAUUCCUCAGACUGGUAUGCCUAGGGGGUCAAGGGGCCUAAGGUGGGAGAUAUGAUUUUUGCUAACCUCACUCACUUCUAAGUGUGAACAGGUACAUAAGCAAAUUUUGUGAAGGAUGAAGUGAUCAAAUACCACAGAAGAAACAUCACUCUGGUAGACCUCGCAAGAUCUUAAAUUGUGCUACAAACAUAGUGAAAUGAACAUUAGAGUCAGCACCUACAAGUACAGCUUGUUUGCACCAUGAUUUGAGAUCUUGUUUGGUCUACCAGAGUGAGGUUUCUUCUGUGGUAUUUGAUCACUAACUCCUUUGCAAAAUUUGCUUAUGUACUUGUUUACUCUCGUUCGCUCCACGCUAGUCAAAUUGCAAAUUUUGGUAAUUGUAUGGCCAGCCUCCUUUCUUUAGACCAAUUAUCUGAGCAAUUGUGUCACUUGUUAAUUCCUUAGAUUUUGACGUGGUGUGGCAAAUGGAGCACUACUAACCAACCAAGUCAUGUAAAUCCAGAGGCCUGUCAUGGAGUAAGACAGUGCAGACAGCCUCACUCUACUACUGCCAGAGGCAACCUGAGAGUUGGAUUUGUGUUUGGCCUUGAAAGGGAAAGAUUCUAUGGCAUUGUAGCAUGGUAGCAAAUUUUUGUCUAACUUUACUUGACCCACAUAAACACCAUUCUUUUUUUUGCCAUAGAUACGCAAUCAUGUACCCAUAUGGUUGCAUAUUUUUGUCUAGUAUUUUCAUUAGUCCUCCACUCAAAAAAAUAAUAAUCACAAUUUUUUGUUAAUUUAUUUUUUUUGCUUUGAACAGAUUAAUUAGUUUCCCAUUGAUUUUAAUGGGAAGUAAAGAUCCAGCUUGCAUUGUGCCUGAUUCAUGCAAUAGAUUAAGAACAUAACCUAGGGGGUAAUUGUAUUUUAUCAAUAUCAUUGUUAUGAUACAACUAAAAAUAUUGCUGUCACAAAUGUACAUUAAGAUAAGAACAGGAUUAAUCGAUUUAUUGAAGUUUAUAUUGCAGGAAUGGUGAUAUGAAUUAGGUACUUUUUGGUGAAAGUAGAGUGCUCUAGAGAGCAUGGACAAGAUGAGGUCUUGUCAAGGUAGAUGAAGAGCAACAAUAUGGAAGACUCCAUGCUAGAAGUGGUGGAGGGUGAGGUGGAGAUCAUGAGAAGUGCAUAUUGUGAAGAAUUUUCUGAUCUACGAGAACAAGAUGUAUGGAAAGUGGCCAGACCCCCAGAAGUGCGCAUCACUUUAGGCCCACACCACUCACAAGGGGGCACACUCCAUGCCCAUGUUAAGGUUGUCCUGAGGAUAAUCACAGGUGAAGGCUACCCUAACAAAGCUGCCUCUGUCCAUAUUGAGUCAUUUAGUGGGCUUUCUGAUAAGGAGGGAGAAGAAUUAUACAAUCAGCUUCAAAAGAAGGUUUAUGAAUUUGCAGAAAGUGGAAUGGUUGUUAUGCUGGAGCUUUGUCAACAUACUCAGAAUUACUUAAGUGAACAUGCAAGGCCUUAUACUGACAGUAUUUAUGAUGAGAUGGUGGCAGAACAAGAGUCUCGAAGAAGGGCUGAUCAGAAAGCCGAAGAGGAAAUUCAGAGGCAAAGAGAAUUACAAGAAGAGGCACAUCGUAGCACAAUGCAAGAGGAGGUUGCAAGGAAAAAGGAGGAAUUGAAGGAAGAAGAAAGGCAGAGGCGAGAGCGUAAAUUUCAACCUUCAUUUAUCGUUGAUAAAGGGAGUGACCGGCCUUACACUAGUGACUUCAGUGAAACUCCAUCAAAUAGGCGAAUGAAAGGUCGCUCAGUGUCAGAAUGUAGUAGUGAAAGUGGCUCAGGAGAACAAGUCAUUCACUUUAGUGUCACAGGGAAGCAGGAGCGUGUAGUGGUCCUUAUUGGCUGCCUAGGGACCCGCGUGACUCAGAACUGCUGCAUCCUGGAGGCACAGGAGAAAGGCUCACUAGAAAAAUGUGUUGUUUAUGAGUGGAAUUUCAAACCAAAAAGAAGUGGAAGGAAAGGAAGUCGUGUGAAAUUUGCUCAGGAGAAUCAAUUUGAAGAGUUAUUAGCAAAAUUAAGUGUUGUAGAAAAAGAAAUGACUUCCCUGCUACGAUUGUCACAUACCAACCUGAUCCAUUACUUGGGAAUCAAAGUUAGCAAUCGUCAUAAUGAAGGGAUACAGUUGUGCCUGUUACAGGAAUAUGUUCAUGGACUUUCAGUUAAGUACUAUAUUGACUGCAAAAUACCCCUAAACAAUAUGCCCCUCAUUAGGCAUAUCACAGAAGGAACUUUACAGGCUUUGAAUUAUUUGCACCAAAAUAAUGUUGUACAUAGAGAUCUCAGAGAUUCUUGCAUAUUUUUAGAUAUGAGGUGCCAGCAGGUUAGAGUAGCUGAUUAUGGAAUAGAGAAAAGGAUAACUGAAGUAGUGUCGGAGUUUUAUGAAGCAGAUAUGCCAUCAGCCUACCCACUCUCCCUUGGACGUGGAGGGAAGAAGGGAGAUGUGUACCGGCUGGGUUUCAUUAUACUCUCUCUUCUGCUUGGAGAGAGGGUCAAACAGAUUGUGCCAAAUAUACCAUCCUCUGUGAAUGGUGAUCUUAGAGACUUUCUUCAGCGAUGCCUUAAGGUCAAUGAGCAGGAACGAUGGACUGCAAAAAGCCUUCUUAAUCAUUCCUUCUUUAGCAAUAUUGCAGAAGGCAGUGUGAUUGAUAACAAAAGUGAUGAAAACAAACUUUCUCCAGUCAUAACUGAAUCUCAAAAUAAAGAUGAAAAGGGAUCCUCAGAAGCAGGAAUUGAAUCCUCUUCUGAUGUCCUACUGCAUCUUCCUUCCAACCUGCGAGGGCACUCUAGGCUAGACCAAGAAUAUGUCAUCCUGGAAUUGCUGGGACAAGGAGGAUUUGGCCAUGUUUUUAAGGUUCAUAACAAGGUUGAUGACCGAAUCUAUGCAUUGAAAAGGAUUCGCCUGGACCAGCAAAGUGAAGUGGUGCGGAGAAAGAUCAUCCGUGAAGUUAAACUUUUGUCGUCACUCAAUCAUGAGAAUGUUGUUCGAUAUUACACUUCUUGGAUUGAUGAAUUUGAACAGAAGAUGAAAGAAGUUCAAGAUGAUACAACAGAUUCAUCCACAUCAGUUGAUAUCAAUGUUACAACACCUUCAUCCAUCCAAUCCAACUUUAAUUUUUCCAAGAACUCAAUGAGCACUUCUUCAGCAAUGGCAGAAAAUUCUGACUGCAGUAGCAUUGUAUUUUGUGAUCAUCAGCCUGAAAAUUUUUCUACUGACUUUGAUGAAGAGAGUGAUGAAGAUGAAGAUGACUGGUUGAUGGAAAGUUUGAGACCAACAUUUGAAGAGGCUGGAGACUCUGGCCACAUAGAAUUCCAGUCAUCCAAGGAGGAGCAGGCUCAGUCAGGACCAAAGCAUGACUCUGUGGAUGGCAGCCUGUCAACUCCAGCUCCAACAAGAGUGAAGAAGCUGAAGUUCCUUUAUAUUCAGAUGCAACUAUGUGAAAAGAGCACAUUGAGACAAGCUAUUGAUAGUGGUCUGUACCUUGAUGUUGAUCGCAUGUGGAGGUUCUUCAGGGAGAUGGUGAAUGGCCUUGACUACAUACAUUCCCAAGGUCUGAUUCAUCGAGACUUGAAGCCUGGCAAUGUUUUCCUUGAUUCCACUGACCAUGUAAAGAUUGGAGAUUUUGGACUUGCAACAGCAGCAAUUAAGGCAAAAACAACUGUUGGUAUGAUAUCAAAAUCUGAUGUGGAAGAAAGCAAAGAUACUUUUUUAACUGGUCAAGUGGGUACAACUUUAUACAUUGCACCAGAAAUCACUAAAGUAACUGGAAAAGUAACUUAUACCAACAAGGUUGAUAUAUACAGCCUUGGUAUAAUUUUCUUUGAAAUGGUAUAUCCUCCUCUAACAACAGGUAUGGAGAGAGUCCAGGUUCUCUCAGACUUAAGAUCACCUGACAUCAUUCUACCUGAAGAUUUUCCUAAAAGGAAAUCUUCAUCACAAAGUGACUUAAUACAGCUACUACUCCAACAAGAUCCUCAGGCAAGACCCUCUACAACAGAAGUUUUAAAGUCACCACUUUUACCUCCUCCAACUGCUGAAGAACAGAAAUUUGUAGCUACUUUGGAAGCCAGAUUGCAAAAUGUUAGAUCUUCUGACUACCAGGAAAUUCUUAAUCUUGUAUUCAAGCCCUCAGCUCAGCCAGAAUUGGAGGCAACAUAUGAAGUAAGACAUGAGUGUUCUUCAGACCACUGGCAUUACUGGAAGGGUGACUACUUACAAUCAUUGAUAGCUGCAAUAUUUAAAGCUCAUGGAGCAGUAUGGGUUCCAAACUCUUUUUAUAUUCCCAAAGGAUCAUUUUAUACAGAUAAAGAUAAUCUACUGACACUCAUGACAAACAAAGGGGAGUUGAUAUCAGCCCAGUAUGAGUUAAGGUAUCCUUUUGCCCGUUUUGUUGCAAGAAAUGAGAUAAUGUCUCUCAGAAGAUACUGCAUUGACCGAGUGCAGCGAGCAUUCAAGGUAUCAGGAAUCCAUCCAAGAGAAUCCUUUGAAUGUUCUUUUGAUGUUGUUUCUUCAAAGAGAGAACUACCAGAGUCUUCAGCAAGGGUACUUCUUGUUGCUCAAGAUGUCAUACAAGAAGUAUUACAGAGGAGAAGUCAUGAAGUAUACAUUCGUCUUGGCCACAUGGACUUAGUUCGUAUCAUACUAACAUACUGUGGAAUAGAUGAACAGUUACAUCAUCAAGUUUUGUCACUUCUAAAGGAAUGGAACACAGCCAGAAUGAUGCUGGACACUCUCAUAGAGUACAUGUGUGCUCUUGGUGUAUCCAAAUCCUCAACUGAAACACUGAAGGGGUUUCUUUACAUGGAUGGUCCCUUGGAAGAUGUUGUGACCAACCUUCAGAACAAAGGUCUCAGCUCACGCCGCAGGACCAUGGCAGGAACUCUCAGGAAUGUUUUGGCUCACCUCAUGGAAAUUAGAGAAACAUCUAUAACUAUGGGAGUCAAGUUUGAUAUCUGCCUUCGUCCACUGAUGGUAGCAGAUGCCAGUUUGUACUGUGGAGUUAUGUGGCAGUUUUUGAUGGAUGUCAACAGGAAAAGGAAAGUAACCCAGGACCUCCUUGCUCAGGGAGGUUCAUAUGAGCAUUUGAUCCACCAGCAUAGGAGCAAAUUAGUGUUUGCAAAGAAGACUGGAGAACUGCCAGCAGCUGUAGGAGUGAGCUUGUUCCUGGAAAAAUUUGUUGGCUGUGUGGAGGAUGUGAAGGACUUGGUGGCUGCUGGACGUGUAGAAGUUUCCCAGAUUGUGGCUGGUCUGGGUUGUGGGUCUAGUGUGCUGGCUGUCUUGGUGUGUGCCAUAGGACAGAAGCAGUUAAAAGACCGCAUCAAUCUCUUCAAUAAAUUCAGAGCAGCUAAAAUUAAUGUAGAUCAUUGUCAUUGUUUGACACAAAAAGAAGCAGAGUCAGUGAUGGAAGAUUUAUGUGUGCCCAAUAUAGUGAUGCUGACCAACUCAGAUAAGGCUGAUGUUAGGAUCUGCAAUGACCCUACAAGUCGCACUUUGGAAAGGAAAAUACCUCUGGAGAAAGUUGUUGAAUUUGUACUCAAAUAUUUGGGUGGAAAUGAAGUAACAUUUCCCAAUAACUAUUCCAGAAUGGACUCAAAAUCUUCAGCUGUCAGUAACACAGAAGAGUAUCCACCUCUAGUCAUACAUUACAUCACCAAGAAGCAAUGCAAGUUUAAGGAUGCCCCAAAAUUGGAUUCACAGAUUUCUCGUGAUGUGACUGCUGCACUGAGUCGGUGGCAGAGUGUGAGUGCUAACACAAGUGUGGAGGUGUGGGCAGUGGAAUUGGACAAGAAGACUUUGCUGGCCCUUGGAGCACUAGCCAUAGACUCCAGUGUGAAGAGUUUCAAUGAAAGUGUUACAGACAUCAAAAACAUGUUUCCAGAACAAAAGGAUUACUUGGAGGAAAUCUGCAAGCUCAUUCAGCGAAGAAUUUUCAGUAAAAAGAAAGUAGAAAAAUGUGUUCCACUUAUUAUUUAUGGGAUUUCAUCCAAUACGUGCAAGAGAAUAAUUUAAGGAAUAGUAAUGUAAGUAAUGUGUCAACAAGUCAAGUAACUGUGAUUAAAGGUAGCUAAAUUUAUAUAUUUUGUACUCCAAAGUAAGUUAAGUAUGUUUUUUUUUAUUUGAAAGUUGGGGGAUUAAACAAACAAAUUGUAAGUGUAAAGAGGUUCAUGUGGCAUGGUUACUGUAGUUCUUGAUUAGUAGGUGACAAACUGACUUAUAUUACCAUGAAUCAUAACUUUUUGAAAAAUGUGAUGACAAUGCUUCUGUCAUAUUUGUGUAGCUCAGGUAUUUAUUAGCAGAGUUAGAUAUAAGACAAUUAUCCUGAUUAAACUAUAUACUACAUUGACUCAAUGGAGAUGAUAAAAUCGACUUCUUCAAGAAAAAAAAUGCCUAUUGAAUGUAGAUUCUAUGAUAUUAUAGUAUGAAAAACAUC